AUGUCGUCGAGCCACGCCUCGCUGGAUGCGGCCUCCAACGACCGCAAAGCCCGCCUGGCCAAGCUCGCCGCGCUUAAACGCAAGCAACCCGAGCCGGAGGACUCGACAGAUACCGGUGCCGGUGGCGAUGCAAAAGACAACUCUAGCCCCGAUGUGACAACGACGUUCCUCUCCGGCCGCAAUUACGACGCCGAGACCCGCGGACCGAAAUUGGGCUUCGAGCAAGGUCCGCAAGAGGGGAAAGUGACGGUGGAAACCCAGGCCGCCGAGAUCGCGGAGGCUGUGAAGGAACAAGCUCAGAAAGACGAGGAUGCCGACCAGCCCAUCGACCUGUUCAAGCUGCAGCCGAAGAAGCCCAAUUGGGAUCUGCGGCGGGAUCUGGACGAGAAGCUGACUACUCUCAACGUGCGGACGGAGAAUGCUAUCGCCCGCCUGGUACGACAGCGAAUAGAGACUGCACAGCGCGUGGCGAAGGAACGGGGCGCAACUUCGAAUGGCGACGGAGGGGAGGAAGUGGGCAUCGAAGGUGAUGCUCUGGUGGAGGGAAUCCAUAUCCGGGAGCAGGAAGACAACGACGAGGAUACGAUUUGA